CUGUCCUAUGGGUAUACCUAUUUUAUGUUUGUCUAGCGCCACCUGUAGACGUUUGUUCGUAACGUUUGUUCCAGAGACUUCGUACUGCGGUACCUAUUGUUAUUAUUGUUACUGAUAAAAAAGAAAAACAACAACCAGCGACACGAAAAUGGACUUCCCCUAGUGAUAACGUAUUGAUUUACUAUAUUAUAAUAACGCCAAUGUUGUGAUGGUGAAUUUUUCGGACGGACUUUCGCGAGUCUUGUGAAAUUUGUCCGUCUUAAAUAUUAUUUGCGGUCGACUGAUUAGCGGGCGGUUAUGUACUAUCGCGGAGUCAGACGAUUGUUUUCGGCGGUUUCGCUGGAUGAAUUUGCGCUGUAGUUACAUUAUUUGUUUUGUUUGCGAGUGGGACUACGGCCGAUUUUAAGUGUUAUCUGGGAGUAGGAGGUGGCAUAAACAGUAAUAAUAAUAAUAAUAAUAAUUUAAUUUAUUCUUCUGGUGCCCCUUUCAAAAUUCAAAUCGUGUUCUUGAUCGUAUCGUUUGACGUACCUAUUAAAAAUUAAAAAAUGUGAACUUUGCGCCGUCGUCAUCUGGAUAUAGUCUUGUGCACAUAUCGCGGGAUGUUUGCAAAACUCCUGUGUAAUCAUCUAGGUUUGUAUUGUGUAAGUAGGCAACAACAUUUUUAAUUUAGUGUUAGUUAAUUUAAAUAGUUUGUUUUUAAAAUAUAUAUAUAUUACCUAUUACCUAUUAUAUGUAUAAUGUAAUAUAUAAUUAUAUAGAUAAUGUUUUUGAUUUUUGGUUUAGUUUACAAUGACUGAUGGAUAUUGAUCAGUCGGUAAAUGGGUGGUUCGAAAGGAUAAGCUUGAUACAGAAGAAAGCUGACCAUUAUAAGCUUUGUCAAGAUAUUCUUUCGUAAGUCUCUAUAUAUUUUAAUUAUGUUAAUGAUUACUGUUAAAUAAUAUUAUUAAAUUUUGGUUGCAGAUCAUUAUCGGAUCAGAGCGGGUUAGAUUUUUGCAUUAAAUCGAAAGGAAUUGUCAUUGGCGCAAAUACUUGUAUAUUGCGUUGUCGUUGUCCACGAUUUUACUAUGAAGUUAUCAAAAAAGUCGAAGUUGGUAAUUUGCCGACACAUUUAUUAGAACUGAUCGCAGAUUUUAUCAAGUAAGUGAUCAAAUGAUUCACAGGAAAUUAAACUGUUAUAUUAUUUAUUACAUUUAUUAACUUUUGGUAAUAGAAUACAUAAGAACUUUCAAUUUUAUACAUUUGACAUAGUAAUAUCGGUAACUGCAAAAUAAUUGAUCUUAUCAUUUAUUACAUGUGAGUUGUCAUGGUGACUAAGAUAAAACUUGACUUUCACUUGGCUCAUCUUCACUCAAGCACAUAAAUGUAGUUUUCAUUUAAAAUAAUUUAAUUUCCACCUGUUGAUUUCUUGUUAUCUUAUUCUUUUAACUCAAAUAAUCAUUUAACAUUAUUUGUCAUCACUCUCUCUUAAAGAAAUGUUUAUUUUAUGUUCCGGAAAUUAGAAUUUUCAUAAAGUUUCAUCUAGGUAAUAAUUGUUGUUUAUUUUAUAUUAUUUUAAACUUUACUAAAAUAUGUUAGUGAAAUAACUGAAUACUUUGUAUAAUAUUUUUGAAUAGUUAUAUAACUAUUAUUUUCAAUUGUUUUUCUAUUUAUUAUUGAUAAUAUGUUUGAAAAAAAUUUCCAAUCUGGGUAAUAUUUUAUCAUUUUUUUCUCCAUAACUAAUUUGUUUACAUUUCAGUAUUAAUAUUAUAAUUCAUUAUAAUUAUGAGUUUAUUUUAAACACUUAUAUAUUUAAUAGUUUUAUGUUUUAUAGGUACUCUUUUUUUAUUACCUAUCUUUUAAGUAAUAUUUUAAUUAUUAUAAAAAAACAAAAAUCUUAAUUUACUAUUAUCAAAAUGUAUUAAUAUACUACUAAAUUUCAUUUUGUUAUUAAUUAUCAUAUAAAUUUAAUGAAUAAUAUUAUUGCAAAGAAGAUUACUUAUAUUAAAAUAUAAAAUUAAAGUUAAACAUUUGGUAUUAUAAUUAAUAUUGUUAGAUAAAUAAUUAUAUUAAUGAUUUGAUAUAUUAUAUAAAAGCAAUUUUAGCAAAAAAAAGAUUCAUUUUAAUAAAUUUGAAAUUAGAAACAUUAUUUAGGCUCAUAAAAAAUGACUUCAAUUGUAAAAAUUAAAUUAUUUUUUGUAAAAGUAUGACAUUAAUCUAGGUAGAGAAUGAUGAAUUAAUGUAUCAUUUGUGUAGGUGUAUUAUAGGUGUGGUAGAUAUAUUUGCCAAUGGUGUGAUCAUUUAUAAAAAAUAAUUUAAAUGAGAUUUUUGCUACACUGUAUUUCAGUAAAAAAUUUUGAUUUAUAAUAUAAUGCAAAUUAAUUUUAACAUUUUAUAUUUGUUAUUUAUUAUUAAUACAAUUUUAAUAAUAAAUUGUAUCAGUUUAUUAAGUACCUAUCUACCCAAAAAGUAUAUUUUGAUAAUAUUAAUAUGUUUCUUGUGUUAAAUUGAUGGUUGUUCUUUAAUGUAUAAUUUUCGUAAUGUUUUGAACUAUAGUUUAAAUGUUUAGUUAUAUUCUUAUAUUUUUUGUAUUUAAUUUUAAUAUGCUAUCAAAAUGUUAAGUAUUUCAUAAUUUUUAAGUUUGUUUAAUAAGACAAGUCAUCAAAUAUAUCUUUAUUAAAACUUCUAUGGAAGUACACGUAUUAAUUUCAUAAAAUAAUUAUUAAAGGUAAAUUUGAUAUUUUGAAAAUGUUUACUCAUAUUUAAAUUGUCUAUACAUAUAUGUUUUCCGACAAUAACUUUUUGAUGAAAUUUGUUGUAAUUAAAUGUAUAGAGUUUUAUAAUAUAUUACUCACAUUUUUUUUUUUUAUAUUUUAAAUAUAUUUUGAAUUGAUAUGGUGAGGUGUUUAAAAUAUAGAGUUGUUAAGUAACAUACAAUUGAAACACCAGUAAUAGUAAUUAUUUUUUCUUUACUAUACUGAAUUUUAAUGUAUUUGUUUAUCAAAUGGGGUUGCAGAAGCCUGUCAAAUACUGAACAUAAAUUAUCUAUAUAGUUUAUUUAGUUAACAGUGGACAUUUUAUUAAAUGGUUUAGAACAAUUUGUAUCAGAAUUUAAAAUAAUAGUAGGUGUUCCCUUUUACAAAUUAAACAUUGAUUUAACUAAUAAUAUUUGAAACAAUGGAAAAUAAUUCUAAAACUACUAUGUCACCUAAUUAAUUUUAAGAUGAAUUAUAUUUAAGGAUAUUUUAAGUAAGAUUUUAUGUUAUGAUGAUGGCUAAGAAUAAUAGUAUAUUAUUAUAAGUUAUGUUUGAAUAAAUAUGUUAAAAAUUGAUAUUAUUGUUAAUAUAUUUAUACAUAUAAAAAUGAUUGGCAAUUUAGUUGCCAAAUGGUCUUAAUAGUAUACUAGUAUAUGAUUUUUGAUUUUUUUAAUUUAGACAAAAAAUAAAUAUUUAAUUAACUAAUAAGUAAAUAAAUCAAAGUAAUAUUAUUCAACUAUAAUCAAUUAUUUCAGACUUUUAAAUUCAAGAAUUAUUCAAGUGUCACAGUCUCAAAAGGGUGCAAGUGAUAUUUAUAUAGAUCAUAAAACUACUAUUUUAGGUAAGAUGUAGGCUGUAUAAAUAUCACUUUUGCGAAAAAUAUCGCAUGUACCCUUGCAUGAUUUUUACUUUCACAUUUUACCUGUUAAAAUUGUAAUUAUUUUAACUCCAUUUAAAGUAAUUAAUAUUGUUAUUUAUUACUUUUAGAAAAUUAACGGUUUUAUUGGAAUUUGAAAUACAAGACCUUGAAAAUCCUUUUAAAUAAUCUUUGGUUUUAUUUUUAAUUUUAUAAUAAAUACUAACAUUGAAGUAUAAUAUUCUUAUUGGUAAAUAUAUAUUAUAUUAUAGUUAUUAAUGUUAGAAAAUGACAAUGUCUUAUAAUUUAUAAUCAGAAGUAUAAUUUAACCCUGUAAUGAUAAACUUCAUUAUAACUACUAAAAAUGGUUUGGUAAUUAAGUUACUUGAUGAAUUUUUUUAUUUAAAGUGCUUUUUACUAAAGCUUUUAUAAAAAUAGCAUUUAUUAAUGAAUGCUAUUUAAAAAUUAAUCAAUGUAUAUGUAAAAACAAAUUCAUACUUGGUUGUUUUGUAUACUUUUACUUAUUAGGUAUAAUAAUAACUUAUGGUUGAGGAUAAACAAAUCUAAUUUUUUUAAAGAAUAUUAUAAUAUUUUACACAUUAUUUGCUUUUUAUAAUUAUUUAUUCAUUUGCAUACCUAUGGUGUGUAUUAUUUUAUAUUUUCUUUUAUUAAAUAUUGUAUAAUUUUUUUUUUUUUAUAGAUGUGUUUAUUCAGAGAAUGAUAUCACUGUACUAGAAAAUAAAUUGAUCAAAUCAAUUAAUCUCAAUCAUUCAAAAAACAUUAAGAAACUUCCAUCAAUUGAUUUAUAUGAAUCCAAACGAAUAUCAUGCGAUAUAAAUCCAUUAUAUUAUUCUUUAGCACAUUAUGACGAUUUUUCUUCAAGUGAAUUCAGUGAUUUUGAUCAAUAUACAUUUUACGGUGAUACUGAAACUGGUAUUGUAAAUCAGAAAAUUAUUGAUAAUCCUUUAUUUGGAAACAUGGAUAUGAAUUUAAAUAAUUCAGUUGAAUCUCACAUAUCUAAAUUACAAUCAAAUAGUGCUAGUAAAGAGACAAAUGUUUUAACCAAUGGAGAUAGUUUUCUGGAAGAAAAAUGUUUAGUUAAUUGCAGUAUUGAUACAUCAGACCUUGGCAAUAAAGUUCAAAUUGUAAACAAUCUAAGUUGUGAGUUACAACAUGCUUCUGAUGAUAUUAAUAGUUUUUUGAAUGUAGAACUUGAGAUUAAAUGCAAUAAUACACUAGAUCUAUCAACUAAUAUUCAAAAAAAUAAAAUAAGCCAUUCAACUAUUGGACAUAUAAAAAACAAUACAAACGAUUUUAAAUCUACUUUUUCUUCAAGUGUUGAUUGUUCAAUAAAUAAUAGUGUAAAUGAAAAAAACAUUUCAUUCAACAAUGAUAUACCUAAUAAAAAAAUUCAAGAAACUGAAGAUGAUUUGGAUGUUGUCUCACCCCACAAUUUUGAAACUUUUACUGUAAUUCAAAAAAACAAUCAAACUGAAGAUGCUUUUUGUGAAUAUAAAAAUAUUGAAGAUGGUCCAAGUAAAAGUGAUCAAGAUCCAUUAAAAAGUGAAUCGAUUAAUUUCCAGACAUUUACUGUAAUAAAUGAAAAUAUUAUGAUUGAUGAUGAUGAUGAUGAUAAUGAUGGAUCCCAAAAAGAUAAAAUAUUAAAUAGUGAAACAAUUGAACCGGAAAAUUCAAAUGAUUAUAAAACAUUUACUGUUGUUAAUGGAAUUAAUAAAUCUUCUUUUCAUGAAGAACAGUUGUCUGGUUCAUCUGAUUCAAUAUUACCAAAUAGUGAUACAUAUAUUAAUAAUAAUGACAUUUUAGAUUUAGAUAUAUUACCAUCAAUAGACACACAAUCACAGUUUGAUACAAUUACAUUAUCACCACAAUCAAGUAGUCUCAAAAAUGAAUUCAAACAACUAAACGGUUUAUCAAGAACUCUUACGAAUGAUGAACAAAUAUGUAAUUCAUCUACUGUUUGUAUUGUUCAACAAAAUUCUGAACACAAUAAAAUUGAUUUUAAAUCAGUGGAAAAUGCUAAAAAAGAGGUAAUUAUUUGUUCAAAUAAUUUUGAAAAUUCUAUUACAUUAGUUAAUAGUGAUUUAUGUACUGAUAUGAAACAAGGUAGUAGUGUACAAUUUAAUAAAUUAUGUACAGUUGGUGAUAAAGACACAACAUUCAAUUGUAUUUCUGAAGAGAACAGUCCUACCAAUAAUAUUUUAAACCACCAGCAUUUAGAAAAUUUAAAGAGUUCUGGUGAAUCUGACAGUACACUAAGUUUACACCUUGACAUUUUAGAAAAUACCAAAGGAAUAAAUUCUCCUGAUUCAUUAAAUGAAGAUGAGGUAUUUGGCCAGGAUGAAAAACCUGUGGUUUCGAAUAAGCUAGAAUUUGUCCCUUUAGAAGCAACACCAAUAAAGGACUACAGGAGUCCACGUUUAUCUAGAAAAUAUAUGGAGUGUUCACCUGUUAUAUCAGCUAAUGCUUAUAUUCCUGAUAUAGAAAAAUCGGAGGAAAAACCAUUUCCUAUUGAAGAAAAUAGUGAACGGAAAAACUCUAGCUCAUUUUUCAUUGACUUUAAUGAAGGUAAACCAAAAAACAAACCAAAACGAUUUGAAAAUCUUACAAAAUCAUUAGAUUCUAGUACAAUUACUAAUAGUAAAGAAAAAAUAUUUUCAAUGUUUAUUGACUUCAAUGAAGAUUCUGAAUCAAGUGAAUCAUCAUCUAAAGGUACUAAGUACCGUAAACCUCAAACACUUGCUGAUCGAUUUGUUCGAAUGCACAGUGAAGAGGCUAGUGUGAAACCUAAUGACCGUGAAGACACAGUGACUCCUCCUCCAAGUCGAAUGACAUCAACUGUAGAAAAUUCUUCUGUUGAUAUUUCGGAGUCUUGUAAAAAACAAAGUGUAUUUAUGUUUAUUGAAAAUGAUUCCCCUUCUCCAGUAAAACGAAGAUCAUUGCCUCAAAGCUCUAGACUUAAGUCUCAAAGAAAUUCUUGGAAUGUAGACAGUACAGUUGUUCAAAAAACUCAUCAUAGAACACAUAGUGUCAAUUUAGCCGAAGAGAGUCACAUGGAUGCAAGAAUGACUCAGAGUCACAUAGAAACUGGGUCUAAAGAAUUCAGUAAACCUUCAUUUGAUAGUGUAAAAUGUAAUACAACAGUAACACUAAAUGGUAAAAAAGACAGUGGAAUUGGUCUUGACUCUUUUGUUCGGCUAUCUGAUAUGGAUAAAGCCCCUUCUCAAGAAAUGAUCAGUAGUUUAAAUAAAAUUGAAUCAAAAUCUGAAUCUUUGAGACGAGAUUUAAAAAAUACUGAAUUGGGUAGAUGUUUAAAACGAAUGUUUCCUUAUUUAAAAACUACAGAAAUAGAACGUAUUUUACUCUCUAAACCACCCAAAUCCCUCGACAACAAAGAAGAUAUUAAAACUGGUCUUGGCCAAGAUUUACUUCGUAUGUUUUUAGAAGAAAUUGGGGCUGAUACAACUAUUGACAUUAAUGGAAGGCGAAUUAAAGCCCAUAAAUGUGUGUUAACUUCAAGAUGUCAAUAUUUUGCUGCUAUGUUCAGUGGUGGAUGGGUACAAAGUGCUGGAAAUGUAUUAUACCUUAAAGGGUAAAUAAUAUGGUGUAAUUGUUAUGUAUUAUUCAUUCAUUUUUAUUUUUUAAAUUUUAGUUUUUCUUACAAGACUGUUCAUUUAACUUUACGAUACAUCUAUAGCGGUGAAUGUAAUUUUUCGGAGAUAAAAAAUGUGUCUGAAUUAUCAAAAUUAGCUGAUAUGUUAUGUCUUGAGGGGUUAAAAGAUAACAUUAUGCUAUACUUGGCGGCAGAAUAUUGUCAUUUUUUUAAAGAAGUUAGUAUUAUACUAUUAAAUUAGUAAUAAUAAGUAAUACCUGAGAUAUUAACCUUUUAUUUAUAAUCAAUAUUUUCAGGUUUGCGAGCGCUGUACUGUUGGUAUUCUUGAAUGUUUGACAUUAAGUGUUUCUUAUGGCCUCGAUGAUCUUUAUUUGUCUUGUAUAGUUUGGAUAAAUGAUAAUUUUUCAGUUGUAUGGCCUACAAAUCACUUUGUGUCAUUACCACAAGAUUUAAAAAUCAAAUGUUUUAAACACAAAGUUGCACAUAUUGAUGUAAUUAUCUGUAUUAUUUUUUGUUUAUAAUAUGAUCAGGAAAUAUUUACACCUGAAUUUAAUAAUAUCCAAUUUUUGAUUAUAAUGAUUGCAUGUUUAUGUUUAUCAUGAUAUAAAUGUUUUUUUUUUUUUGUACUUUAUUAAUAUUAAAAUUUUUUAGGAUCUAAAUGAUGUAUUAAGUGUCACAGAAGGCUGUGAUAAGAUAAAAAAAACUUUACCUAAUGAUGAAUGGGCCAAAGAAAUAAUAGAUUUAACUACAGACCUUUCAAAUAAUGUAAUCAAAUAUUUGGCAAAACAUUUUUAUUCUACAAUCACCUCAAAAUAGUAAGUUAACUUAAAUUAAUUAUUAUUAUGUUUAAUAAGUAUAAAUAUAAUGAUACAAUGUGUUCUUUGAUAGUUUUAAACAAAUGCUAGAAAAUGAAAAUCUAUUUAUUGAUAGUUUUGCUACACAUUUAUUGGCAUCUUGUAAUUGUGCUAAUAGAAAUCAAUUACGUCAAGCGUAUGAUCACUUGAACAAGUCAUCAUCAAAUCAUUUUUGGGUAAAAUCAUUUCUAUAUUAUUUUAAAUAUUUAGUAUGAUAAUUAAUAUUUAGAGAAUAGAAAUGUCUACUUGGAAAGUGUAAUAAUUAGAGUACACUUUUGUUAGCAGUCUAGUAUUUCUCUGAUACAAUUUAAAGUAUAUUUCAUGUACACAGCUUCUUUAGUUAUUGACAAAGUUAUAUAAACCGAUUAAUUAAUUAAUAUAUGAUACAAUAUUUUAUAAUUAACUCUAAAUAUUCCUAAAAUAACUAUCUAGGAAGUUCUAGCUCAUAAAUUAAGUUAUUUAGUUAUUAUUUGUAUUUUAGAUGAAUGAUGCACAUAGUUUUUGUUUUUAUUGAACUAUAAAACAUAGUAAUGUAGACAAUUAUAAUUAAUUUACAAAAAAGGAUGAUAAAAUUCUUAAAUUACAAAGUAUGUCACACAAAUAAAAAAAAUGAUGGAGUGGGAAGAAAUUUAGAAGAUAGGAUUAAGCUGAAAUAUUGUAGGAAAAUAACAUUAUUACAUUUUGUAAUUAAAUUAUAAAAAAUACUUAAAUGUGUUUAACUAUAUAUUUGUUCUUAUUAAAUUUGUUUUUUCUGUUAAUUUUUAGCAUACACGAGGAGAAAUUUUAGUAAAUGCUAUAAUGGAGUUAAUAAUUAAAGGUCUAACAUCUGACUUCAGAAAUGGCAGAGAACGACAAGCGAUGGGUAGUCUUCCAAAUGAUCAUCGUAUGUCAGAAGCCCUUACAAAAAGAAUUGCUUUUGAGUUGGGUGUACCUGGAUUAGAAUUAGCAGCAAAUGGAACUUUGAUAACUUCAAGCCCUGUUAAAAAAAUAUCAACUAGUACUAGAACAAUAAAUAAAACUACACCUGAAAAGAAAACUAAAACAAAAACUGUUGUUGAAAAUACUCCGAUAAAUAAAACUAAAACUACUGGAAAAUUUUCUGAGGUAAAUUUGCUGCACAUAUUUUUAAUUUUAUGACAUGUAUAAAAUAAUACUUAUAUUUAAAAGCUACCUAAAUCCUUUGUAUUGUAUUCCUCUCAAUUCUUAUAUGUAUGUAGAGUUAUAAUUUGGUCAAUUAAUCAGUUAAAAGAAAUGCAUACAAUUUGACCAAUCAAAGUAUGGCCAAUUAUUGUUAAAUAAAUAAAUAGUAAAAUUCACUUAAGAUUUAAGUACAUCUUAGCAUCUAUUAAGUAUUAUUUUACAAAUAUUAAUUUUUUAAUCAAUAGAUUUUGAUGUCAAUUGACCAAAAGAAUACUUAAUUAUUUAAAAUUAAUAAAUUAUAUAAUAUUCUUAUAAUAAUAUUGAAAAUACAUUUAUGUUCAGGUUAAAUCUAGGUACAUGGAACCUAAACCACAGCCCACUACACCUACACCUCAAAAAAUGUUAUCUGUUCAUAAAGAAUUACCCCGUGGUCGCCGCAUGUCAUCGUCAUCAUCUCUGACUUCAUCACCUAGUGUUAGGAGUACUAUGUCUAGUUCUAGGUUGUCUACCAAUCGAGUUGAUACUGGCUUAAAAACUAAAACAUCAUCUGAAUUAUCACUGUCUACUCCAAAAACAAAACCAAGGACUAUAAUACCUAAAACUGAUCCUUUACCAUUAAAUGCUCGUAUGUUAUCUGUCCCAUCCAAAAAUACACCUAAAAUUACUAGGAAACCUUUACAAAAUAAUAAUGUUGUCAAUAAAAAAAUGCCAAAUGAAAAAAUUAUGAAUGGAGCGAAAAAACCACACACCAUUACUCCUAAAACAAAAUCUUUACCAAACGGACAUCCUACAAUAGGAUCUAGAUCAGGUACGUUUUGUAAAGAUGAACCUACUGUUAUACAUAGUAAAGAUAUUACGAGUUAAUGAGGUAUUAAACCAAACGCAAUUAAUUAUCUUUUUGUGCGCUGGACUUGUUUUUGUUUCUAAUUAGAUUCUAAUUUA